AUGCCGGUGGCCAAUAGCGCAACAGUGCGCUGCGGAUUGACAGACAACAAACGGUUGUUGCGCUCUCGACGGGGAUCCUCGAUCAUUUCCAUGGCGGAUGGAUCAACCAUGUCGGAGCAGGACAAUCAUUUGAUGGAGAAAGAGAUUUGUUCGGGUUCGGGAACUGCUGACUGUGUGGAAGAAGCUUUUGUCUUCGGAGAGGAUCUGGAGCUGAACCGAUUUGAUGGAUUGCCCUUCUCCUCUCGUUAUUAUAAACUACUGCAAGAGAGAAAUGCCUUAGACCGCUGUGCCACUCGGGAAGUUGAUGCCAGUUCCGUGGGAUCUCCUUCCUGCAGUGCCUUAGACCCCUGUACCACUCAGGAAGUUGAUGCCAGUUCCGUGGGAUCUCUUUCCUGCAGUGCCUUAGACCGCUGUGCCACUCGGGAAGUUGAUGCCAGUUCCGUGGGAUCUCCUUCCUGCAGUGCCUUAGACCGCUGUGCCACUCGGGAAGUUGAUGCCAGUUCCGUGGGAUCUCCUUCCUGCAGUGCCUUAGAGCGCUGUGCCACUCGGGAAGUUGAUGCCAGUUCCGUGGGAUCUCCUUCCUGCAGUGCCUUAGACCCCUGUGCCACUCAGGAAGUUGAUGCCAGUUCCGUGGGAUCUCCUUCCUGCAGUGCCUUAGACCCCUGUGCCACUCAGGAAGUUGAUGCCAGUUCCGUGGGAUCUCCUUCCUGCAGUGCCUUAGAGUGCUGUGCCACUCGGGAAGUUGAUGCCAGUUCCGUGGGAUCUCCUUCCUGCAGUGCCUUAGAGCGCUGUGCCAGUCAGGAAGUUGAUGCCAGUUCCAUCCCCCAGUGGUGUGCAGAGUUCUGCCUGUCGGCCCAGUACCAGCACGGCGUGGCAGUGUCGACCCAGAUCCACUCCCAGCAGGCGGUAGACCUGGCCCUCAGGGUGGCCGAUGAGAUGGACGUCAACAUUGGACAUGAAGUGGGCUACACCAUCCCUCUGGAGGCGUGCUGUUCUCCUGACACUGUGCUCAGGUUCUGUACAGACGCCCUGCUACUGAGGGAGAUGAUGUCUGACCCCAUGUUGGAGCGCUACGGGGCCAUCGUCAUCGACCAGGCUCAUGAGAGAACCGUCAGCACAGACAUACUGCUGGGACUGCUCCAGGACAUCCUGGUCCAUAGACCAGACCUGAGGGUGGUGAUCCUGACUGUGUCCUCCAUGACAGACAGGCUGCUGGCCCACUACGGUAGCAACGUCCCUGUGGUCCGUCUGGAAGCCCUCUGUCCAGCUGAGGUGGUCUACAGUAACUGUAGUAGUAAAGACUACUUCUACUCUGCUCUGAGACUGGUACUGGAGAUUCACCGUACCAAGGAGAAGGGAGAUGUGCUGCUGUUCUUGGCCUCAGCUCAGGAAGUUGUCUGUGCCCGUGCUAUCCUCCAGAGAGAGGGUACCAGACUGGGGGCAGACCUGGGGGAGCUGGUGCCCGUGGUCUGGUGCCCUGGGCAGGGUCGGGCACCCUCUCUCCUGGGGGAGGGGAUGGGGAGUAGGGGAACAGUUACGACCAGGAGCCGGAGGGUUUUCCUCUCCACAAGCCAGGGAGAGGACAUGUUCUGGGCUGUGGACUCUGUUAACUUUGUCAUCGACGCAGGAGUCGAGAAAAGAUAUGUGUAUAAUCCCAGGAUAAGGGCCAACUCUGAGGUACUACGACCCAUCAGCAGAUGCCAGGCAGACGUCAGGAAGCAGCUGACUGGACCGACAGGGAAGUGUUUCUGCCUUUACCCUGAGGAGAGAGUUCUCCCCGUAGAGACAUCCCCUCAGAUCCUGGACACCAACCUCACCUCUACCAUCCUCUUCCUCAAGAGGAUGGAGAUCGCAGGGCUGAGACACUGUGACUUCAUCACCAGACCAGAUCCAGAGGGUCUGAUGCAGUCGCUAGAGGAGCUGGAUUACCUCGCGGCAUUGGACGACGAUGGGAACCUAUCAGAGAUCGGGAUCAUAAUCUCUGAGUUGCCAUUGGACGCUCAGAUGGCCAAGGCUCUGCUGGCGUCCUGUGAGUUUGAUUGUGUGAACGAGGUGGUGACCAUCGCAGCUAUGCUAUCAGCGCCAAGCUGCUUCCUGGAGCCACCUGUUGGCAGGACCCAAGAGGUACACCAGUGCCACAGAAAGUUCCGGCACCCUGAGGGAGACCACUUCACCCUCAUCAACAUCUACAACGCCUUCAAAUACAGCCAGAGAGAGACAUACUUCAGCGUAGAGAAGUGGUGUCAGGACUACCAUCUAAACCACCGCGCCCUUCACACAGCAGACGCCAUCAGGUCCGAGUUGACUGACAUCCUGAAGAGAAUAGAGCUGCCCGUCUCUGAGACGUCCUUCGGAACCAAGACCAACACACUGAACAUCAAGAGAGCUCUGCUGUCAGGGUUCUUCAUGCAGAUUGCCCGUGAUGUGGACGGCUCAGGAAACUACUUCAUGUUGACCAACAGGCACAUGGCUCAGGUCCACCCUGCCUCCAGCUAUGGGGCCAAGGCCCAUCAACUGGGUUUGCCAGAGUGGGUGCUGUUCCAUGAGUAUACUCUCUCGGAAAACAACUGUAUCCGGACAGUCUCUGAAAUCUCCCCUGCAGUGUUCAUCCAGACAGCCCCUCAGUAUUUCUAUUACAACCUGCCUCCUAGCGAGAGUAAAGACCUUCUACAGCACAUCCUGGACCGGGACGGAUCUGGACGGAAAGACAAGCAACAGACCCUGACAAUCAACAGUAAAGCAGAUAAGGACUGCAAUACAUUGGCUCAGUCCUAUGACAGAUGUGUGCUACAGUGACCUCUGGUGGAGAGCUUCAGCACUGACCUUCACUGAAAAGACCAUCAUCGCUGAUUAGAACAGUGGUUUUCAAACCGCUUCUCGGGGACCCCCAGACUUUUCACAAUGUUGUUGUAGCCCUGAACUGUGUCACCUGAUUGGAUGACACAGUAUGUCACCUGAUUGGAUGACACUGUAUGUCACCUGAUUGGAUGACACUGUAUGUCACCUGAUUGGAUGACACUGUAUGUCACCUGAUUGGAUGACACAUUGAAUCAGGUGAUUUAGCUGUGGAAUAGUUCAACUAUAUGGA